GGAGAAAGUCGCAGGGCGCGCCGGCCCGGACCUCCGCGGCAGGGCGUGGGCGUCCCCCGCCAGGCGCGCUUUCGUUUUCGUCCGGGACAAAGGUCCUCGCGGCGCUGGUCGCAGACACGGAGACCAGGUACUGCGGGCCACUCUUCGUUGAGGUCCGGUCGUUCAAUCCAGGAAAGCCGGAGCCGGGAGAAAGAGGAGCAGCGCGAUGCGGGACCGGGGAAGUGGGGCCUGGCCGUGCGCUUCGCCGGCGCUGCCCCGGAGCCGUCCCCGCUGCGGAGAGUUGCGGGAGAUGGCAUCGCUCUGCUCUCUGCCGUUUCGGCGCCUGAAGGAGGGAAGCAUUUGGAACCCAGGACUCAGACCGAUGACCCAGGGCCUUUGCAGCCGCGGGCACGGCAGCCUAGCGCCGGCUGCUUCCGAGCGCGUUCCUCCGGCAAGGGCACGGCUGUCGACCUGCGCGCCCCGGGUCGCGAUCGGGUUCAAGGCGACUCCUGAGAACGAACGUGGCUCCUCCCAGGGCACCCCCAAGAAAGUGGGCACCCAUCAUGGCCUUUGGAAGAUGCUCCGGGACUGCACCAGGUCUCACCCCUUCUUUCCAGCUGCUUCAUUCCCUGCGUGACACCGGAAGCUCGGACAACAGUGCCAGCUCAGGUCAGUGCAGCGCUUGAAUGUUGAAAAUCAGGGCUACCCAUCCCCUCCCCCCAAGUGCCACCCGGGGCUGGGCGUGCCUGAAACAGGACACACGCACGUGUAACUUACACGUGUGCACACGCCCACGCGGCCUCUGGAGGACUGAGGAGCCAGGCAGGCCCUUCUCACACACUCAUCUGCCCAGGCUCGGCUGGGUCUGCUCUGACCUCCCGCCAGCCUUUCUGCGUCCAAGGGAUCCCGGUCUCCCAGAAGUCGGGCUCGCCCGGGUCUCAACCCGGGAAGCUGGACUCUGGACCGGUUUCUGGCUCCUUCCUGCGCAUGCAUUGAGUGAAGCUCCCUUUGUGAGGAGCCAGCUGUCUGAGAGGGUCCAUGGUGGGAGGACUUGGGCCAAGUGCGGGGACCUUACGUAACCAGGGGCAGUUGCAGUGUGUGGAGCUGGACAGAGCUCAGGGGCCCAGCAGGUGAGGAGGCCCCCAGCCUGCCACUUCCUAUCACAGCAGCCCCGGGGCCCCUGCCCAUGCCCCACCCGCCCCCAGAGCCAGCCCACAGUGCCGACUGUCAGGCCCACUUGGCUGAUUCUGGCCUCCUGGGGAGUGGGGGGACCAGACAGGCGUCAUCUCCCCUCCCCGCUGUUGCCAUGGCCGGGGGCAGGCACGCCUCCCAGGCCUGUGUAGAAAGGACCUUGGGCUGCUGUGUCUGGGCCUGGGACCCCUCUGCCAUCUGGGCCUCGCGUGUCUGCAGGUCUAGCUUGCCUGCCAGACUCCACAGACUCUGCCCCUGGGGCUUUCGUGUCUGCACGCAGGGCUGGUGCUGGCUUGUGCCCGAGGGUAGGGCAGGACAUGGGUGAGGAGGGAGGAACCCCCGAGGGACAGGAGGGACAGAGAGGACGGGAGACAUCGGUGGAGGGGUGGGGAUGACAUAGGAAGGGGAAGAACAGAGUGGAGGCAGAGAGAAAGCAGAGUAGGGCUCGAGGGGGAAAGGAGGCACAGAGCAGGGCUACAGGAGGCUGCGCAGGGCUGUCGCUGGGGCAACGGCCUGAGGGUGCACCUGGCCCCAGAGGUCCCACGGGCCUGCUGGGCUCUGCCCGAACCAUCUAGCCCAGGUGCUUUCCUGGGCACCACUGUGAAAUCCUCCAACAUCCCAUGGGCAGCAGUGGUGGCCUUCAGAGUCUAAAUGAAACCCAGGCCCCGUCACCUCACACAGGCUUGGGCAUCAGACUAUGCACCUGGCUCCUGACCCUCUGGCCCUGACAGGCACGAGCUGGAGGUGGUGAAGGCGCAUCCCCAGGAGCGGAGGAGGGGACUCCGGGGGAGGCAGGGCUGGCCCAUCUGGGAGGCCAGAGGGGCUCCCAAGCCUGGGCGAUGGGGCCUGUGCACAGCCACUGGGUCCCAGGACAUGCGAGGAAGGACCCGGAGCAGAGUAGGAUGGGCCUAAGGGGAGUGGACAGUCCAGGGUGGGACUCGUGUCCCCCCAUACUGCACAAUGGAUGGAAGAUGCAGCCCACACAGAAGAAGUAAGCCACACAGUGGGUCUUUACUUAGCGCUCAUCCAGGGCCUAAGUGAUCACCAGGAUAACCACACAGCUCGGUCACUGUAAGGAUGAGAGCAUGGCCAGGGCCAGGGGGAGGACCCCAUCUCCCACAUAUGUACGUACCCUCGUUCAGUGGCAGGACCACCAGCAAGGUGGGGCUUGUCAUCUCCGUUCUGUUCAUCCAGAAAGGGAAGUUUAGGGGCUGAGAAUAGCCCAGCUCCGGCCUCGCCUGCGGCCCUUGAAGGCUGUGGGGACAAUGAAAACCCUUUGGGAGGCCAGCUGGGGCUGCGGGAGCAUUGAAGGUUUAAAGGGGACAGUGACUCACUGGGCCAGGUUUCUUUUUGAACCGACUUGAAAUUGCUGUCCUUGCAAGUCUGCCCAGCCUGGACCGAGGGUGGGGACAGGUUUCGUUCGGCACAGGGCGGUACCCUCGGCCUCCGCUCCCUGGUGCCUCGCCCAUGCUCAGUGGCAGACAGGAGCCACAUGGGCCCUCUCGGCACCCAGCGCUGGCCGGGUCUCUGAAGGGAACCAUCCCUGUCCGCCCUGGCGCCCUGGGUUCCUGUGAUGGGGAGGCUGCCCCGUUCUUCAGGACUUGGCGCACAGGUGGGUUCACUGAGGCUGGGGUGACAGGCCCGACACCCCAUGGCAGAGCUGUGUUGAGAAGCAGCAUCUGCUGGCUCCAAGACUGACCCAUGCUUGGUGCCCACAGCCUGGAGCAGGGCCCCACGGUGAUACAGAGACGUGACCGCCAGUGGGCUCUGCAGGUGGCACACGCCGUACUUUAUCUCUUUACCUUUGGACAAUAGGGGGCCUCCCAAGGCAGGCCCAAAGGGGCAGGAAUUGCUCUCACAGCACAUCUCAAGGUGCCCUUUAUUGACCCAGACAGAAAAAAUGAAGGCCUUGAAAAUACCUUGCAUUUGAUCUGGUCCCAGUGACAAUCUUGAUAAAACGCGGAACGAUGGCCCUUGUUCAGUGCUGCCCUAUCAGCUCUGCGCAGCAUCCUCUGGCUGGGAGCAGGUAACCCCUGACCGCAAGGAGGGACGUGACAAGCAAACCCUGUGGGGACGAGGACGGGGUGCGAGGAUAUCCCCACCCUAUAAGGCGCACCUGGGCACAAAGCAACUUUUCGAUUCGGUUCGUGCUUGCUAGGCACUUUCUGUUCCUGUGGGCCGUGCCCUGAGCCUGACGCCCACCCUUCUAUGCAAGUCAUGGCUCUUCCUGGUAGCCCUGCUGGUGGGCAUAUUUCAGUGCCACGCCCCUGUAGGGACUGAGCUCAGAGAGGUCAAGGACCAGCCCCAGGCCCCAAGCCGACGACCUGCAGGGCAGGGGGCUGGCUUCAACCUGCCCAGAAGCAGAAACACAUCUGGGUUCCAGGAACGUGCGGUGUCCCCAGGGUGUCGGGGUUUCCUUGCGGGGUCGGGGCUGCCGCAUCCUGGGGGUCGGCUGGGGACGGGGUCCAGAGUUCAGGCUCUUGUUGGGAUGGUGCCCUGGGUGGCUAGAGGGUUUGUAAGGAGUCUUCCUGCUGGAGUGAAGCCAAGAGGCCCCCAGACCGAGGGUCCUGGGGUCCUGUCCUGGACUGAGCUCGGCCAGACACCUGCUCUCAGACAUUUCUCUGUUUGGAGGCCUUGUUCCCCACACCUUACUGAGCUGAAGCUCAGCCGUGUCCAGCUCUGGGCAGAGAAAUAUUUGAACCCAGGCCUCUGACAGUGAGGUUCCAUCUUCCCCAGCGAGCUCCGUGGGGCGGCUCCCGAGGAGGAGCUGCUCCUGGGAGAUGUCCUACGAGAGGACGGCUGUUUUCUUCACACCAAGGGAGUUGUCCAGACGACUGCCAUUACACGCGACGGUGGUACCCGCCCUCCAUGCUGUGCUGUGUUGCCACGGCAGACCCCACCCUGUAGGCAGGGCGAGGCUUCCCUCCUGAUUCCACGCUUGUUUCGUGACACAGGCCCUGCCCUGGCUCCGGAUCGGCUGGUCCCUGUCAGAAUGCCAGGUGCGUGAGUAGCACCUCCCCCUGACCCAGGUGUCCUUCAGGGGCCUCACUGCCAGCCACAGCCAGGGCCACUACACAGCGACCCCUGGGCCUCAGUCUGUCUGUCUGUAAAGUGGGAUUGGUCUCGGCCCCAGGUUUCCACUCUGCGCGGGCCGGGAGGGGUGGCCCAAGGCUGGACCCUCGGCCGCAGGGCAGUCUUGCUUGUCUGCCUUGUAUUUGGGCUCUGGGUAAAACACCGUCAUUGCCAGCCUCUGCUGCGGGGCCGUCUGGUCCAGCACGUGUCUGCUGGGGCCACAGGGCCGUGCCUCUUGUCCAGAGGAGGUAAGGAGGGGGCUCCGCAGAGGGGACACGAGCUAGGGGCGCUGGUCACCAGAUGGAGGGUGGAGAAGCGGCUAGUGCUGGCGGGCAGGGAGUCAGGUACUGAGGAGGUGGGGAGGGGGUGCGGCUGUGCGUCCCUGGAGCGGGUCCUCCUGGUGACCCCUUGGGGGCCACUCUGGCACGGCCGGUCCUGCCAGCUGCCCCUUUGCCAACCAACACUGGGCGGGAAAGAGCCGCUGGCCUGGACCACAGGGUGGGAGAUGCCGGGAUGUCCCUGGAAUGCAGACCAGCUCCUGGGCCACCUAGUUGGAGGCCAUCUCGACCUUGGGUAGAGGAGGAUGGCCCUCCCCGGGUCUGGGGCUAAGUAGGAUUUUCAUGGUGGGAGGUGGCGAGCUUGCCUCACCACUGCCUCCCUGUAGCGGUCACUGCCUUCUGCUGGGCCGCCUCCCCGGGAGCACGGGUGCCACUGCCCUGGGCAGGAGCCCAUCGUCCCAGCACCUCCUGGAGCCCCUUCAGGGGGUGACGGGGCCUCUGGGAGCCCAGGCGGCUGGGAGCUUGAGCAGACAGAAGGUUCUGGAGAGGGUGCCGCCUGCCCCGCUCUCUGGCCAGGCCCGCCCAGGCCUGAGCGCAGGACCGGCGGCCGCUUCCAGAGAGGAAGUUCCUCCUCCCGCCGCUGCGGGGCGCGGCCCUGCCCUCUGGCUGCCCGCCUUUGUCUUCCGCGGGCUCCACAAAAUGGCCGCCGCAGCCCUCCGCCAUUUUAUGUCUGAGGCAGGUGGACGGCCGCCUUGGCGGGAGAGGGAGGGCACCCCCGGCCCGAGUGGCCUGGAUAGAGCCCAGCGCCGCCCGCCACCGCCCGGCCUUGGCCGUGGCCACCCUGGGCUUGGCAGCAGCCAACCUCUUGGCAAGGUGGUCCUGGAACCCCAGCUCAUCCCCCGGCCCCCUCGCCACCCCUCACGCUAACCCGCCAGCAGACUGAGAUGCUGCAGAGCGGGCUGGAGAGCUGUAAUUAAAGCCAUGCUCCUGGAGGGGGGCCUUGGCCGCCCGGGGCCGGCACAGAAGGUUCUAGAAACAAUGCUUGUCCUAGGGUGUGGAAGGGGGCGCCCUGGACACACCGUGAAUGGGGCGGCUGUGUCUUAGGCGGCACUGGGGAGCUGGCCCCCUCACCCCCUCACUUGCCCAACGAGCCUUGGGGCUCCCUGGUGGGCCUGUGCUGGGCACUGGGACUCACGGUGGCCAGCCAGCCUUCUAUCUGGGUGCCGCCACAGCUCGUCCUCUGGAAGCAGGGCCAGGGGGCUUCCUGGAGGAGGUGAGCUCUGUGGCGAGGGAGUGGCCACCGCCCUGUGUAGCCGGGCUCCCUCGGUCCUGGCCGGCUGGGGUUCUGCGACACCCGGAGCCGGGGGUGAGCCUGAUCCUGCCGGCCCCGUGCCCUCCAUGGCCCUCACCUCUGUGGGACCCACAUCCGCCGAGACCCUAGUUACCCCAAGAGCACCUUCCGGGGCUGGGAGCAGCCAGGCAUCUCCCUGCUCAGGGUGGCCUUCGGCCCCCUCUCGCCUCCUCCUCUUGUUCUGCGCCCCAUGUUAGCUGCCCACCCCUCUGAUGGCGCCCAGCGGAUCCGUGGCAACGCAGGGCCGAGGGGAAGUGGUCAGGCAAGAAGCAGGCUGCCCGCUGGCCAGCGAGUCUUGGCAGCAGGGACUGGAGGGUGGUACAGAGGAGACACCAUUGUCUGGAGCCAGCUCCAGGCCACUCGCUGUGGGACAGUGCGCUCUACCGGCCUCGGCAGGUGGACAGGGGCACGGUGCCUCCAGGAGCCGCCAGCCUGCCGGGCAUCAGUGGGUGCCCGCGGUCCCCCGCGACGAAGUCCCCAAACGGCAGUGCACCUCCUGGAGGAAGUUCACAGAAAUGUCCACGUAGAGAAGCCAGGAAUGGCGUUUGAGGAAAGUGUGUCAUUUUAUGGAACUGUUCUCCUUUCUCUUGCCGUGUGGGGUCCGCCAGGCAGACCCGGGGACAGACCCUGCCCCGUAUUCUUGCGUGUCAUGGGAGAGGGACAGAAAGCACACGUGUGGCAGGCGGCCCAGGGAGCUGCGGAGUGCCUUCCCCAGACACCUGUGGCCCGCCAAGCCCUCCAGGCUGGGAAGGUUGCUGGACGCGGCCCCGGGCCCUUCCCAGACACCCUCUCCUUCUGGUUCCCAGAGAGAACAUUCCGUGGCCAGGAAGCGAGGUCUGCUCAGGCCCCCCUCCCUCUGGGGAAACCCAGCCAAGGGCUGCAUGGUGGGACGCCCAGACCAGCACUAUGGGUCCGCAAGCCAGGCCAGGCCCGAGCCCCCCCGGGGGGCCAGGAGCCCGCAGCAGGAGGGCCGUCAGAGGGCGCUGCUGCCACAUGGGGCUGCCGCAGGGCGGGGUUCACACUGGGCAUUUUUAAUGAUGUGGUUGUGUCUGGUCACCCUUCCCCUCCCCAGCUCUCCUCGCCUUGUGACCCAGACUGCGGCUUGAACUGAGAAUAUUUUCAGAUAAAUACACGCCUUAGCGGUUAAAACUAUUGCCUAAUGGUUAAACGCCAGACGGUGACGCCUACAGGAUCAGAGAGGGCUCUGCGUUCUUGCUUUUCCCCUUGGACUCCAAAGGGACUCCAGGCAAACCCCGGACUGGUGACGAGCAGCUUCCCCCGCUCCCAGGCACAGAGGCAGCUGAGGCCAGAGGCACUGACUUGCCUGAGGCCCAUUGCUGAGCAGUGGAGGUCAGAACAGUGGCCUGGCAGCCCCAGAGCCAACUGUCUCCUUGCCCCCAUGCCCAUGGCCCCCGUGAUGCAGGUGUGUCUGCAGAGCAGCGCUCUGCUUCCCAGGUGCUGCCGUCAUGCUGGGGGCUUCCAAACUCUGUGGGCAGUGACACUCGGCCCCCACUGUGUGCCUGGCCCUGCUCCAGGCUUGGAGCAUCACGACAGGUCUGUGCCCUGGGGAGUGGACAUUCCCCACACCUGGCCACCUUCUGCUUGAGAGCUUGGAGGUCUCUGGGGACAGGAAGGCAGGGAGCUGGGGCAGGGCACAGACUCCGAGGGUGGGGGGUCCUGACCCAGAUCAUGUGGGCAUCCAUUUCGGGGAAGCUAGACAGAGAAGGGUGCUAACAAGAGAGCCUUGAGGAGAAUGAAGGGUCUGAGGUCUGUCCCUGACUGGGGCUCCUGGCUGGAGGUGCCAUGUCCCCACCUGUGUGGCCUGUGCCGCCCGGAGGUGUGCAGGCUUGUGGGAAGAGCCUGGGGUCAGAAACAUCCGAUUCCAGUUCUGGCUUUGCCCCUGCAUGCUCGAGGGGUGCCCUUGGGGACGAAGAGGCCACGGGGCUUGCAUUGGCUGGGCCAUUGGAGCCUGAAGCCAAAGGAAAAGUCAGCAAUCAUGACCUAUUCUACCUUCAUUCAGGUUUGAUAUCUUUAGAUCGUGGAUCUUUUGCAUUCUUUUUGCAGUUUUUAAAAUUUAACGUUGAAGUAUUUGUCUUGAUGGCUGAGUCUUGGCGCCCCAUCAGUUGUGGCCCGAGGCAGGUGGCCGGCUGGCCUCACUGCGUCCUGGCCCUGCCAGGCACACGGUGGGCGCCCAGCCCCAGCCCGGCCUGGUCAGUCCCAGACUGCCUGGUGCACACGUCUCGUUAACUUUAUGGGCCGUGUUUGCAGGAAGACCUGCCCCCCGCCCGGGCCCCCGGAUGCCACCCCCGCGGCUUUUUCCCAGACUCCAUUGUUGGCACGGGUUGCCGAGCAGAAACACUGGCUGCUUUAUGGGGAGAAACCUAAUCGGGGCAGCAGUGGGGGGCAGCCGUUGAGGGGGGGUCCUGGCUCCCAGUGGCCCCGAGCCAAGCCCGAGGUGACUGCUGGGUGACACCGUCUGUCUGCCUCACUCGCUCCAGACAUCCGCCAGCCCUGAAAGGGCCACCUGCCCACUGAGGCCUCCCACACACCUGUCCCCGCCGGCCUGGCCCCUCCCACCCUGGGCCUGCCAGCACCCUGCCCACGGGAAGACACUGCAGGACAUGGGCAGGGCCAGCAGUGGCAGCUGGCAGGUGGCAGGGGACUGCUCACUCCCCAGGAGCCCAGUUCAGGGAACCCCCUUCACACCGCGUUGCCUGCCCCUGCCGCUGGCCCUCGUGCAGGGCCUGGGAAGGGUCCCUUUGGUCUGUCUCAGGACCCCCACAUCCCCCUGGGAAAAGGGGAGUCUCUGCUGUCCCCAUGGUCAGUCCUAGGACUGUUGGGCAGGUGGACCCAGCAAAUCAUGGCUCCCAACACACGGAACUGGGGCAUUUCUUCCACUAGCUCAGAAACAGCUUCACGAGCGGGUCAUAGACCCAGAAAUGUCACUCCUAUUUGCUCCCCCUCCCCCUGCAAAAACCUGGGUUGUUCGCUGAAGAAAGCCAGGUUCUGUGCGAGGCAUGCCUCAGUGGGGCAAAGCCAGAGUGGGGACCGUGCUGGGGUCACGAGAUCUGCUUCCUGGUCACCUGGAGAGACCUGGAGCAGGCUGGGAGUGGGCAGGGAGCCCGCCCUGGGCCCGCAGUGGAGGGAGGCAUGCGCUGUCCGAGGGCACCUUCACAGGCCCGGCUCACAUGAGCUGCACUGCCCACCGCAGGCCCGGUCUUCCAGGUAUGAGUCCUGGGUACCGAGCCAGGGCGGAGCAAGGGUUCACCUUGGGGCCCCCUGAGGCCUCCCAAUGGGCAGUAAGGGAGGUGCCCGUGUGGGAGGAGCACAGGGCCAACGUGGGCAAGGAGCAGGAACGAGUGGGCAGUUGCUCCUGGCUGAGGAUGAGCAGGGGGCAAAGGCCGGGAGGUGGAGAGGGCUGGCAGACGAUCAAGGAGGGUUGGGAGGUCUGCCCAGGGUGUUUCUCUGCUGGGGGUGAGAGGCAGGGCCAGCAGGGGGUGGGAGGGGCGGUGUGCAGUGGGAGGGAGCAGAGAUGUGGCUGCACAGAAGGUGUAAGCGCUGGCGAUGGGCGGCCUGGCCUCUGGGAGCACUGAGGGCGAGGCGGCAGGACAAGACCCUCACAGCCAGGUGGCCAGAUCAUCCCGUCCCUGUCAGGGGGAGGGACACCAGCGAGGCUCAGUGGUGGGCAUGUAGCAGGGCUGGACAGAUCUAAAUGGGUCUGGGGCCUGGUCCAGCGUCUUGGGCUCAGCCUCAGUGGCCCCUUAGCUGGUCAGCAGUCCAGCUGUGUGCUUGUCUUAACACCUGUGUCCCUUGCUGCAAGGACCUGCCGGUUUCCCCCAGCUUGCUGGUCCCGGGAGGGCACCUUGCCAGAGUGGGCUGGAGCCAGGUGGCACUGCAACUCACUGAGCAUGUCCUGGCUGAGGCCUCGGGUGGGUCCUGGAAGCCCCUCUUCCUACGCUGGGGAUUCUACUCUUGGGAGGCUCCCGGGCCUUACCUGCUGUAGACCGGAGCCUCUGGGAAGUGGAGAUUUCAGCUCCUCCCUCCAGGGUCCCACUAACUGCCACGUGUACCCCAUCCAGGCCCAGAGCAGCCGUGUAAGCCUGGCAUGGUGCUGGCCACCCAGCCUGGGAACGCCGGUGCCCCUGACCAGGCAAGGACAAGGCCUGGGUCUUCGUCUCUGACCCGGUGUCGUCCAGCACAGGGUAGCCACAAAGACCAUUCUUUCCAGGCCCUUGCGCAGGGUGUGUCCCCAGGCGAGAGACCGUGGUAAGACAGGCUGGGCUGAAAUGCAGGAUCUGCAGCAGGCUCAGGGCGAGGCCAGGUCAAGGCGCAGAGCAGCUGCCGGAGCUCGGGUGCGGCUGCGUCUCUUCUGAACCUGACGCUCGUUUCUUUCUUUCUAAAACCCAAACAGGUCAAAAAGUGGUGGCGAGACAGGAGCUGCUGACCUCGGCCGAGCUUCCUCACCGUGAGCUGGGGUUAGGGCAGGCCCCUGGGCCAGGCCAUCCCCACCCUACAGGGCUACCUCACUGCCUGCCCCACUCGUCCCAGCCCGGCCUGAGCCCACGGCCUGAUCCCCAACCCCGGGGGGCAUGCACACCCCCUCUGGCUGGAUGCCCAGGUAACAUCUGGCACCACAGCAUGCCCCUCCUACCAUCCUUGCUCUGGGAAGUAGGGAGCCAUGGAGGACUUUAUGAUGGGGAGGGACAUGGUAGAACAGUGUCCCGCCUCGUUCAUCUCCGAGCCCUGCUUGUCAGGUACAGAGGUCCUUAGAAGGGGACCUAAUGGUGUCACUGCCCAACCUGUGCCCUAGCUGUGCCCUCUGCCUUCAGCCAUGUCUCUCCUCCUCCUCAUGCCCCUUCAGCAAACGCCCCUAGUUGACGCACCUCAUCAGCCCACGAUGCAUUUGUGACAUAGUAACCUUUGAUCUGUUGUUCUGUGAAGGUUCCCUCUGGCCUUUGCCGUCGACCGGGCAUGGCCUGAAGGAGCCACGGUCCACUGCCGGGUGUCUGCAUGGAAGAGGAGAGCUCAGCCUCAUCUCUCUGCAAUGGUGAGGACUCGCUGUCCCCGGGUCACCCCCCAGGCUCGCCCUGCCUCGAGGGCCCUCUGGGGCCAGGAGUCCCUGAGGUAGCCCCUUCUCUCCUCCCAGCCGUGAACCAGCCCUCGAGGGUGUGAUUAAUACACACAGGCCGCCUGCCGUCCACCUGAGAUGCCACACAGGUGAAUCUAGCCUGGAACAAGAAGAAAGGCCACAUGAGGGAAACUGAGUCACAUCUUCUCCCAGACUAGGGCACGGGGCGGGGCUUGUGGUGGCAGCCAGGAUGUGUGUCUCUUCCUGUGUGCCCCUCUCUCCCUGCCUCUCCCAACCCUGUGGAGCCCCGCCUGUGGGCUGGCCCAUCGCGUAGUCCCUGCCUCCCAGCUGGGGCUGGGGCCCUCCGGGGUCAGCACUGCAGGCUCUGGAGCAGAAGCCCAGGCCCAGGGGUGGGCAAGUGGGUGCAGGCCGCAGGGCAGGGGCUGUUGGAGUCCGCCUGGCACACACCCGUGGGUUCCAGCUCUGAUGUUAGUUAGGGUGGCCUGGCUGCUGCCCGGAUCCCCCCAGCUGGCUCUGCCUGGAGCAUCCUUGGGGAUGCCCUGGUCCCACCGCAGCCAAGGAGUCCGGGUAGAGGCAGGGGACUGGAAGUCGAGACACUCUCAUGCAGAUUUCUUUCUGGGGCCUUGAGGGAGCACAGGGGUCUGUGCUCACAGGCCGACCAGGUCCUGGGUUGGGGCUUCAGGCUGUGCUGGGACGUUCCUGGUCCCCCCUCCCAGGUGACUGCGCCUCAGUCUCCCAUUCUGGGUAGGCUGUGCCACGCAUGGGCGCUGAUGCUAUGGUCCCUGGUUGGGGUUUGUGGGACUUAGUCCCGCCCCUUGUGGGCAGGGCACACGCCUGCACAGGGUGUUGUCAGCACAGCGCCUGACACCCAGGGGUUCAGGGGGCAGCAGCUGCUUGCUGCUUGGGCCUGAGCACGAGACCUCCCUCUGCAGCCAUGGGCAAGGCCAAGCCUGGGAGAGCCUGAGAGGGAGCCCUCUGCUGACCUGGGGUCAGGGACCCUGCCCAUCUGAGCCUCAGUUUCCUCACCGAGAAAUGGGAUUGGUGAUCCUGGCCUUACCAGGCCUGUGAGGACCAAAUGGCACGGCCCAGCCUGGUGCCUGCCUGGAGGAGGCAGCCUGCUAGGAAGGGAUGUGGAAGGAGGUUUGAAGUUUCAGAGCUCAGAGCUCUCUUGGCACUUGACUAGGCAGAAAUCAGAAUGUUCGGAGCUCUGCUCUGCUGCCAACGGCUGCGUGAACUUCAUGUCGCCUCUCUGGGUGGGCCUCAGUCUCAUCACCUGUGAGAUGGGUGGACAGUAGUCCUUGCCUCAUCGGCUUCACAGGGUUCCCCAGGAAGGUGGUGGCCAUGCCGGUGGCUGUUGUGGAUGUUUAUCGAGGCUGCCUCUGGGCCUGUGUGUCCCUCGAGGGUCCAGUUCUGGCCCAGCCGCUCCCCUGGGAGCCAGGUUCCCUUUAGAAGAAAAGAACAGCAUCCAGAGGCCUCUUGCAAAGUGGGGGCGGCUCAGGUCACCCUAGAUGCAGGACCAGAUCAGCAGAGCCUGUGGGGAGGGAGUCGCACCUGUCCUGGGGGUGGAGGGAGCAGGCCCGCAGAUCACAGGGGCAUCUGGUGUGGCCAGGAGCCGGAGGCUGGGCUGUUGGUCGGAGGGUGGGCAGCCAUGUAGACACUCAUGGCACCUUUCUGACCCACGGCCUCUAACAAUUGACAACCUUCCUCCCAGUGUCACUAAUGCAGAAGUCCCUUGGGGACAUGGUGACCACUCCUGUCCAGAUGGGAGUGGUCCAGUCGCCUGGAAGAGUUUCCCAAAAGCCACCCCGAACUUCUCCCCAUGCCCUCCCUCCCUCCCCUCUCUCUCCCUUUUUGGUUGGUGGCUUUCUCCUGGGGCACCCUCUCUGCGGUGGUGCUCCCGGCAGUUCACUGGUGCCCAGGCCUUUUGCUGACCUGCCUGCCAGACUCCCUGUCCCCUUAGCACCCAGAUGGCCUGGCCCCCAGCCCUGGUUCCCCAGUGCCUCUCCUCCUUCCAGGAGGUGCCUCUGGAAGCCGUGAAGUCCGUCCAGGAGCCAAGAGUGACGGCCCUUUGGGGUGAGGUAGUAGGUUGUAUAGUUUGGGGCUCUGCCCUGCUAUGGGGUAACUAUACAAUCUACUGUCUUUCCUGAAGUGGCCGUAAUAUCGACGGUGGACAGCAUCCAGAACCCUGGCUGGGAGGGUCAUGGGUGGCAAGUUGGGGGUGGGGAGCAACCCUGCGGGGUGGGUGGCAGUGGCUGCCAUGCAGUUAAGAAGACUGACAGGCCUAGGGUCCACUUGCUGUGUGACCUUGGGCAGGUCCCUUAAUCUCUCUGGGCUUCAGUUUUCUCAUCUGUGAAAUGGGGGCAAGUGAGGAUUAAAGGAGAUAGUGUGUCAAGUGUCUAGGGUGGGGGGCUUGGAAUUGGCCCUUACUUCUCCACCCACUGUGCUGAGACCCAGUAGAUGCAUGGGACAGUUUGUGCAGCCUGCUCCCCUAUCCUGUGGGUGGCCCCAAGCACGUGUCUGGACUGUGCCCUCAGCUGUGUCCCUGUGGCCAGCGCUGGGCACCAGGAGGAAUUGCUGUGGGCUUGGCUGAGGUUGCAGGGCAGGGAGACCCACGGGUCUGCCUUCAUCAGUGCGUCCCCCAGACGAUGCUCCAGCCUGUCCAGCUCAGCGUCAGGCCUGGGGAGGGUGGGAGCCGGGGCCAUCCCUCCUUGCGGCUCAGCUCUCCCGAGCAGGAAGCAGGAGGGGCGUUGUCCCAGCCCAGCGAGCGCCCUCGGCCCCUCUGGCUCAGGCCUGCCCUGCCCUCCGGCAGCCUGCAGGUGGACGGUGUGGGCUGCACUGCAUGGGGAAACCGAGGCACCAUCUGCAUUUUCGCUCCUGCCCUGCGCCUGCCCAGCCCUCCAGCUCAGCUCUGGUGGCUGCGGACCACCGGGCAGGGCUGGGCUGGGCGUGGGGCAGCGGCGGGCCACGGACCCUCCCGCCCCUGGG